AUGGGUCCCAUCGCGGUCCAUCCCCUGGGCAGAGCUCGCUCCGCCCCCGGCGAAGGCCGAAUCACGGCGAUGCCAUCGCGUGUGAAUCGGGUGAUCAAGGCCUCCAGGAGCGAACCCAAGGGCCGUGGGAAAGGCCGAAAGGAGCAUGUCGCUCCGAAGGAGGAGGAGAUGGUCGGUCUGGACAUGAGCUUGGAUGAGCUGAUCGAAAAGGAGGCUCAGCCGCAGAAGGGCAAAAAGAACUGGCAGGAAGAGUGGGAGAAGCCAGGGAAGGAGAAGGAGUGGGGUCCAAAUAAAUGGCAAGACAAGACGAAGAGCACAGGCACUUGGAAGGCGAGUUGGAAGGACAACGAUCAGAGUGGAGGAGGCGGAAGCUGGAAAGCCAGCUGGAAAAGCGCCGACGCCUCUGAGAAUUGGAAGAAGGCCGACUCCUGGAAGGCGGCGGAACAGUGGAAGCCCAAGGCUGAGAAGUGGGAAAAGGACAACUCCUGGAGCAGUGGCAAGAAAAACGAUUGGUCAGGCCACCAGGAGGAAUGGAAGCCCAAGCCCCGAGGCGAUGAAUGGAGCGCCAACUCCUGGGGCGCCCAGCCAAAGAGCCAAGCCUGGGAAAAGUGGCCACAAGACAAGUGGGAGGCGCCUGUGCGUCAGACUUGGCGGCCCACCAACGAGCAGGAGCGCUGGAACUCCCGAAACGAAGUGCACCUGCAACGGUGGGAGCGUCCGGACACCUCACGACAAGAGGCUUACGGCCGCCAGGCUGACGUAUAUGGUCGCCCGGCACCGGAUUACGGCCGCGGGCAGAACGACUAUGCCCGCCAGCAGCACGACUAUGCUCGUCAGGGGCACGACUACGGACGCGGCACGCAAGACAGCGGCCGGCAGGGCCCGGCUGAAGGAUACGGGCGUGCCUUUGAUGUCCGAGACCGCAGAGGCCGUGAGAGAUCUCGUUCGCCGCCACGGAGGAAUUUCUACGAAGAGCCGCCUGCGAGGGGCAGCAUCAUCUUGGUGAAGAACAUUCCUUUGGGCCUCGAUUCGAGGGACAUUCGUGACGCCUUUCAGUCGGCCACGGGCCCCGUCACGAGCUGCAAGCUCAGCCAAGAUGGCACUGCCAGGAUAUCCUUUGAAAGGCCGGAGGAUGCGAAGAAGGCCGUCGCCACCUUCGACCACGGGGAGCUCAAUGGCAACAUUAUCAAUGUCCACAUCAUCAAUUGA